AAAAGGAAGAGAGCUAAGUGACGUCACAGAGUAGUUCUUCUCUAGGUUAAAUGCUUCCUCAUUUAAAGUCGGGUUCACUGCAUACUGAAAAAUAAAUAGAUGAAAAUAUUCUACAAACAUUUCAAACGCAUGACGACGCUAUGAUUUAUUUCAUAAUUUAAUAGGGUGUGUCUUAAAAAAAAUCGUUUGCUUUCUUCCACGGAAGAGAUAACGCACUCCAUCACUUUCACCCGUUCCGAAAUUUAAAAAAGAACACAAAUAAAAGAGAAAAAAAAAUGGAAGAAGGACACGUGACUCGGUGAAACAGUUGUUUGUGAAGGAGAAACCGGCUGAGCAAAGUAUAUUUUUUAUUUGUCAUAAAAUAAUUCCUUAUCAAAAUUGCUGUUGCUGAUCAGAGAAGGAUGAAUGCGGGCGGACGGAGCGACAUUUAUUUUAUAAAAGUAAUUUCAAUCGAGUUUAAUCUCUGUGUAAGUAAACAAAGAAUGAGAAAACCGACCUUCAAUGGGAUUUCUCACUUCGUAAAAUCAACAAAAGGUGCUGUCCUUCCAAAAUCCUCUACUAUUUUCUACGAAAUGAGUUAAAAUUGUCGGAUUAAGUUUUAAUAAUCCGUAAGAAGUAGCACUUUCAUAAUAGAAAUGAAACGUGGCGUGUCAUUGUCAACGGAAAUGAAAAGAACUUUUUCAUCUAGAAUAUUAUAACCACAAAAUCAUUCUUCAAUUUGAAUUUUGCGAACUAAAAUGUCCAUAGCUAAACUCCUCAUCAUUGUGUCGUAUUUCUCACCCUGUUUUUCGGAAGUGAUUCUUCAUUCUCCAAAAGUUUCUUCCUUGUCUGCUGAUAUAGAAUUCUAUCCGGAUGAAUUAAAAGGUGUUCUGGUUGACGAAAAUCGGGAUGUUUCGUUCGGAAUAAUAUGGGAAAAUGGUGCAAAAUACGUUGAUGUACAAAUAUCCGUGGUGUCUGAAAAUCCGGACAUUCUUAAAAUUGAGAAUGCCACCUUGAUGGACGAACGAAUUAGAGAAGGUUUGAAGAAUUAUACAUUCACUGUCAGAGGAGUUUUUCUCGGUUAUACCAGUGUCACCGUGAAAAUUGCAGACGAACAUCAAAGCAAGGAAUGGCACUUGAAAGUAAGUGUAGUUCGACAGUACAAUAUUCUGGUAGACAUUGUGACUGGUUUGAUGGCAGCUCUUGUUGCCUUUAACUACAUCAACAUGGGAGUACAACUGGAUAUGAAUGUUAUUGGAAAAGUUCUGAAGAGACCUUAUGGGCCAACCAUUGGAUUUUUCUGUCAAUUUCUCUUCAUGCCUCUGGCAUCUUAUGGCAUAAGUCUGCUUCUACUGGAAGAUAAGAGCUUGCAAUUAGGUCUCUUCACUCUUGGAUGCUCACCAGGUGGCAGCAUGAGCAAUUUUUGGACACUUUUAUUCGACGGAGACGUCAACCUCAGUGUCACCAUGACAUUUAUCAGCACCAUAGCAGCUUUGGCCAUGAUGCCCUUGUGGAUCUUCACUCUGGGUGCUUCCCUCUUCCGCGAUCGCCAGGCUACCAUACCUUUCGUCAAUUUGGCCGGAUCCCUCAUCAUCCUCACACUGCCCAUCGGAAUUGGUCUUUUAAUACAGCAAUACUCACCUCGACUCUCAAAGAUUUCCGACAGAAUCAUCAAACCUGUCACCAUCGUCUGUGUACUCUUUGGAAUCAGCGUCGGCCUCUACGCCAACAGUUUCGUCUUCUACCUGUUCACGUGGCAGGUGAUGCUUGCCGGAUUGAGCAUUGCAUGGGGUGGAUAUUGUUUCGGAGCAGUGGUGGCCUGGCUUUUCAAACUGGAUAAGGCACAAAUCAUCGCAGUGUCUAUUGAGACAGCUUUCCAAAAUCCCGCCGUCGCUUUCGUCAUGCUGGUGCUUUCCCUGCCCCAACCAGAAGCUGAUCUUUCAUCCGUGCCAGUCAUUGCUCAACUCAUGCUCACCGGACUGCCCAUGUGGGCACUACUGGUAGCCACUAGAAUCUAUAGAAAGUUUUGUAAAAGAACGGAAAAAACUGAUAAAAAGGUUUAUACGGUAGUGGAGAUGAAUGGUGCCGAAGAUCAAUGCAACAUGUAGUUUGUCUAAGGUAAGAACUCCGAGGCCGUCUGGUGCUAUGGAAACAAGAACGGCACAUUUUAGGGAGGGUAGCUUCACUCUAGGGCUAACACAAUCUCGCCGACCCCACACCCCUACUUGUUACCAUAGUCACCUCCACAGGUCCAGACGAAUGUCUGAAGAAGCUCUUAUCUUAGACAAACUAUAGCCGAUCAUUCAGUUACAGAAUAAAAUUUUUGAGUUCUCAAAUUCAAAAGUUAUUUUCCAUGACACCAUCAUUCAUUCAUAACUGUUAAAUGAGUGGUCUCAAACGUGUAAGAAUUAGGAUAAUCUUUGUAAAUAGAAUAAGGGUAUCGCCACUCUCCGUUACCAUGGUUUCGACAAAUCUUGCUUCUUUUUCCUUACGGCAGUACCUUUAAGUUAGAAGUUGAACUUAACUGUCGUAUGGAAAAAGCAAAAUUUCCCGAAACUAUGGUAAGGGUAAAAGUGUGGGGAAAAUCAUGUUUACAAAGAGCGUAAAUUCAUAAAACGUGGUUUGAGAAUUGUAAUAAAUUUCGUACAACACUCGAGUUUCUCUCAAACUUUUAUUCCGUGUCAAAAUCAUGUUAACUGUAUCAAGAUGUACUUUUCUGCAAACUUAAAGACGCUACAGCAGCAAAAUUUCUUCAAUUCUUUUUUAGUUGUUUCUUUGUACUAGAAUUGAUUUCUUAUCAAGAAAUCUUUAGAAUAGCACAACAAUUAUGUUGAUCUAUUCAAGAUACUUUGAAUGCAAGAAAAUAAUUCUUUUUCUUGGAAUAACAUAUUAAAAUUUUAGAUUCACUCCAAUUCGUAUUCUUUAAAAGGUGCCUCAAGUCUCGGCUCUUAGUCCAUCACAGGUUGUUGCCCGAACUCUCUAACUACGUUAUAUAUAGAGCCUCUAAAAACUACUGAACUAAUAGAAGAUAUGACUGCUUCAUACAAAUUGCUAUUUUACUCACCAUUAUUUUGUACGUGAUAUAAUUGUAAAAAUUGAAGUUGUAUGAUUUUAUCAAACUAUAUUUUGUAAAUAAAAUGUACAGAAAUUGUUGUAUAAAUGUGUUAUAAUAUUAUGGA